CACCCGCCCAUCGUCAUCUGCGUCACCUACGCAAGUUCAAAUCUACAUCCAGCCUUCGCUCAAGCACUCCCGCGCACAAGUUAAUCACAACAACCUCCACUCGACAUAUCCAAGAUGUCCGACGUCGAGAAACACGGUAACGGCAUUCAUUCUGCCGGCAACACCCUUACCAAUGUUCAUGGUGCAGCAGGCCAACCUCCCGUCCAGGGUCACUACCCUGUUGGUGCGGAACCCGGAGGGCAAUACCCGUACACCCUCGGUGCCACUGGUGCUCAGCAGCAACUCUUCCAGGGCGGCCUUCCCCUUCGCAAGCUUGCCAACCCUGCCCCUCUUGGAUUGCUAUCUUUCGCGUCCACGACACUUAUCCUCUCGUUGAUUAAUGUCCAGACUCGCGGCGUGACGACGCCAAACGUCGUCGUCGGCAUGGCCUUGUUCGUCGGUGGCCUUUGUCAGCUGCUUGCGGGCAUGUGGGAGUUCGCUGCUGGCAACACGCUCGGUGCAACUGCCUUUUCGUCCUAUGGUGGUUUCUGGCUGUCGUUCGCGACGAUCUACAUCCCUAGCUCUGGUAUCAUCGCCGAGUAUACUGAUCCUGUCGAGUUGGAGCAUGCUGUCGGCUUCUAUCUUGCCGUUUGGUUUAUUUUCACCUUCCUCAUGCUCGUUGCUUCUCUUCGCUCGAAUUUUGGUCUGAUCUCUUUGUUCUUCUUCCUUACUUUGACGUUCAUGUUCCUCACGAUCGGAAAAUACGUCACGAACGACAAGAUCAACAUGGCAGGCGGUGGAUUCGGUAUAAUCACCGCCUUCAUCGCGUACUACUGCGGCGUUGCGAACAUGUACUCGCGCGAAUCCUCCUUUUUCUCCCUCCCGCUCGGUCCCAUCCCCGGUCCGAACAAGCACAACUAGGUGGUUCUUUUCUUCUGUCCAUGAAACAUCUCUUGCCCCAUUGUCACUGUCUUUAUCCCACUCUUCAUUCCUGACUCGAUACAUUUCUUUUUCCGUUCUGUUUUUUGAUUGCCAUCGUCUUGGCUUCAAAAUCCUGCUUCUCUCGAUUGUUUAAUACUGUCUCUCUCAGACCUUUAAUACUCUGUGGAUGAUGUGGAUCUCGGAUCACCACUUUCUUGAUACAUAGUCGGAAACCGACGACACAUCCAAUCACAUCCUAUUCUUGGUCUAUAUAAAAUAUGGUCGCAUAAGAACUCGUCUCUCUUUGUCCUCUCCAAAGUUUUCAAGCAGCUUUAGGUUCAUCAGCUUUGUCUCGGUAGUUGUGCACUUGCUGAGCGUGCUGAGCUGCUAUUGUCCAUUACAUGCCGUUGCAAGUCUCAUUUCUUUAAUUUUAUUGUUUACUUCUCUGUACAUU